AUGUUCCUUCUACUGACCAUACUCCAGGCCUUGGCUAUAGCUGUAGUCCACGGCCAAGGAGAUCAUAAAAUUAUUGGUGGCUACACGUGUAUCCCGAACUCCCAGCCAUGGCAGGUGGCUCUGCAAGCAGGUGGUAGGCGUCGUUUCAUAUGUGGAGGGGUCCUGUUGUCAGAUGAGUGGGUCGUCUCUGCUGCUCACUGUUCCCGCCCGAUCCUUCAUGUAGCUCUGGGCAAGCACAACCUAAGAAGGUGGGAAGCGACUCAGCAGAUGCUGCGUGUGGUUCGUCAGGUGAUACAUCCUCAGUACCGACCCCAGGCCCAUGAUAAUGACUUGAUGCUGCUGAAGCUGCAGAGGAAAGCACGUCUGGGGCGAGCAGUAAAGACCAUUUCUGUGGCCACCUCCUGUGCCAGCCCAGGGACUCCAUGUCGAGUGUCGGGCUGGGGAACCACAGCCAGCCCCGUUGCCAGGUACCCCACAGCUCUGCAGUGUGUGAAUGUCAACAUCAUGCCAGAGCAGGUAUGCCAUCGAGCCUAUCCUGGAGCCAUCACACCGGGCAUGGUCUGUGCGGGGGUCCCCGAAGGCGGAAAAGACUCCUGUCAGGGUGAUUCUGGGGGACCACUGGUGUGUGGGGGACAGCUCCAGGGCCUUGUGUCCUAUGGAAUGGAGCGCUGUGCUUUACCUGGCUACCCGGGAGUGUACACCAACCUGUGCAAUUACCGGAGCUGGAUACUGAGGACAAUGCAAAGCAACCAAUCAUCCACCACCGUAUGAUCAUUACCAGCUGUCCCUGGGCCUUCACAGCCUCCUCCAUCAGACAUCUGAAUCCUCCCCAAGA